GUGUAUUUAUUUAGAAUUUUUUAAAGCGAACACGACGAAAGCAGUAACAUGAAUGAAAUGCUUGCCACGUUGUUUCAACCGAAUGUACCGUUAAGAAGUAAAGUAUCAUAUUUAAAUUCUGCAUUGAGUGGUCAUACCUUCCGCGCUGAACCUGACCAUCUGAAAGAAUUGAUCACCAAAAUUGUGGAACUUAUAGUUUCUGAGAAAACACAGUGUGAAGGAUUAGCAUUACUUGAAAAUGCUUUGCAGCAGUGUCCAUUGUUGUAUGCAGAUAACAAAUGGAGUAAUGCUCUGUUAUCAGUUUUGCGGGGUAGAAAUGCACCAGCAUGUAAAGAACUUGCCUGCAAAUGUCUGAUAAUGAUAGUUGAGAAUUAUGCUAGGAAUGCAGCUCACGAACCAGAAGCAAGAAAUACACUUGUACCAGCAAUAAUUAAGGAUGUAAUACCUCAUGUUGAUGAUACCGAUGCAUGGUUGUACCAUGCACUGAGACUUAUUGCUGUCUGCAUGAAGAAUUUUCCGAAUGCUGUUGCUACUCAAAAACUGGAAUAA